AUGGCGAUUCAAGUCCUUAAACAGUUAUCCCAAACACUGAGACCGAAACCUUGGCCUCUGUUGUUCUUCUCUUCUUCUUGUUCAAACGAUGAUUCAGAGAGUUUAGUAACAAACGUUGUUACAAUCCUCACCCAUCACCGUUCCAAGUCACGUUGGAGCAAUCUCCGAUCGGCGUGCCCCAACGGCAUAGAACCCCUAGAGUUUUCCCAAAUCACCCUCCACCUCAAGAACAAACCCCAACUCGCCCUUCGCUUCUUCCUCUGGACCAAAUCCAAAUCACUCUGCCACCACAACCUCGCCUCUUACUCCUCCAUCAUCCACCUCCUCGCACGUGCACGCCUAUCCUCACACGCUUACCAACUCAUGCGAACCGCCAUUCGCACUUCCUACCUAACCGACGACCAAAAUGGUCGUUUCGCCUCCCCGCCUCUGAAGCUCUUCGAAACCCUCGUCAAGACCUACCGAGAUUGUGGCUCCGCUCCCUUCGUCUUCGAUUUGUUGAUCAAGGCGUGUUUGGAUUCCAGAAAGGUUGACCCUUCUAUUGAGAUCGUUAGAAUGUUGCUCUCUCGCGGGAUUAGCCCUAAAGUUAGCACCUUGAAUUCUUUGAUUUCCGGGGUUUGUAAUAGUCAAGGAGUGGAUGCAGGGUAUGCGAUUUACCGCGAGUUCUUUCGAUUGGAUGAGGAAAAAAAUGAAAUUUCGAGAAGGGGUUGUGGUUUAAGAGUAACCCCCAAUGUCCAUACUUAUAACGAGUUGAUGUUGUGCUGUUACCAAGAUGGUUUGGUGGAAAGGAUGGAGGAACUUUGGCAUGAAAUGAGUUGUAACUGUAAGCCCAAUGCUUAUAGCUUUAGUGUGUUGAUGGCUUUUUUUUGCGAGGAAGGGAGGAUGGGGGAUGCAGAAAAAUUGUGGGAAGAAAUGAGAAAUGAGGAAAUAGAGCCCGAUGUUGUUAGUUAUAAUACUAUUAUAGGUGGCUUUUGCAAGAUUGGAGAUGUUGCUAGGGCUGAAGAGUUCUUCAGGGAAAUGGCAUUGGCUGGUGUUGAGACUACUGCUUCAACUUAUGAGCAUCUUGUGAAAGGAUAUUGCAGUGUUGGGGAUGUUGAUUCGGCUGUUCUGGUUUAUAAGGAUAUGUCUAGGAGGGAUUUAAAGCCUGAUACUUCAACCAUUGACUUGAUGGUUAGGUUGCUUUGUGAUAAGGGUAGGGUUCAGGAAGCUCUGGAGUUUGUGAGGUGCGCAGUUAGUAAAUUUGAUUUGAUUCCAAGGGAAAAGAGUUAUGCGGCCUUGAUAAGGGGGUUGUGUUUUGAGCGGAGCAUGGAAGAAGCGUUGAAGCUUCAGGCAGAGAUGGUAGGAAAAGGUUUCCAACCGAAUUCUGAAAUAUAUGGUGCUUUUAUUGAUGGAUACAUUAGACAAGGGAACGAGGAAAUGGCAGGAGCUUUGCGUAAAGAAAUGCUCCAAAAUGAGACGCAGAGCUAA